ACCCACAAGUUAUCGUUGUGAUCACUGCAAGAAAGUCCUCACCACUUCAUCAGGUCUGAGAAAACAUAAGAUGAUUCACACUGGAGAUAAACCGUUCAGUUGUGAUCAGUGUGGAGCAGCUUUUACCAGAAAAUAUCAUCUAAAGAUACACCAACGUAUUCACACUGGAGAAAAACCGUUCACUUGUGAUCAGUGUGGAGCAGCUUUUACCAGAAAAUAUCAUCUAAAGAUUCACCAACGUGUUCACACUGGAGAAAAACCGUUCACUUGUGAUCAGUGUGGAGCAGCUUUUACCAGAUCAAGUGAUCUAAGGACUCACCAACGUAUUCACACUGGAGAAAAACCGUUCACUUGUGAUCAGUGUGGAGCAGCUUUUACCAGACAAGAUUGUCUAAAGAUUCACCAACGUAUUCACACUGGAGAAAAACCGUUCAGAUGUGAUCAGUGUGGAGCAGCUUUUACCACUAAAAGUAAACUAAAGAUUCACCAACGUAUUCACACUGGAGAAAAACCGUUCACUUGUGAUCAGUGUGGAGCAGCUUUUACCAGACAAGAUCAUCUAAGGAUUCACCAACGUAUUCACACUGGAGAAAAACCGUUCAGAUGUGAUCAGUGUGGAGCAGCUUUUACCACUUCAGGUGUUCUAAUGAUUCACCAACGUGUUCACACUGGAGAUAAACCGUUCACUUGUAAUCAGUGUGGAGCAGCUUUUACCACUUCAGGUGUUCUAAUGAUUCACCAACGUGUUCACACUGGAGAUAAACCGUUCAAAUGUGAUCAGUGUGGAGCAUCUUUUACCCAACAAGGCAAUCUAAGGACUCACCAACGUAUUCACACCGGAGAUAAACCAUUCAGAUGUGAACAGUGUGGAGCAUCUUUUACCAGAUCAAGUCAUCUAAGGACUCACCAACGUAUUCACACUGGAGAUAAACCGUUCAGAUGUGAUCAGUGUGGAGCAGCUUUCACUGAGUCAGGAACGCUAAAGAUUCACCAACGUAUUCACACUGGAGAUAAACCGUUUAGGUGUGAUCAGUGUGGAGCAGCUUUUACCAGAUCAAGUCAUCUAAGGACUCACCAACGUAUUCACACUGGAGAAAAACCGUUCAGAUGUGAUCAGUGUGGAGCAGCUUUUACCACAUCAAGUUAUCUAAGGACUCACCAACGUAUUCACACUGGAGAUAAACCGUUCAAAUGUGAUCAGUGUGGAGCAGCUUUUACCACAUCAAGUCAGCUAAAGAUUCACCAACGUAUUCACACUGGAGAUAAACCGUUUAGAUGUGAUCAGUGUGAGGCAGCUUUUACUCAACAAAUUCAGCUAAAGAGACACCAACGUACUCACACGAGUGAUAAACUCUAAAGAUGUGAUCAGUGUGAAGUGUGGAAUUGCAAAAAAAACACCUCAGCACAGCAAAAAAAACAAAAUAAUCAGACAACAUCAUACCUAAAACUUGAAAGACUAACAUAUGAUGCCCCCUGGACACCUCCUGGGAAGGUGUUCCUGGCAUGUCCCACCAGGAGAAGAGCCAGGACACACCAGAGGGAAUGUCUUUUGGCUGACCUGGGAACAUCUCUGGAUCCCUCCAGAAGAGCUGGAGGAAAUGUGUGGGGUGAGGGAAGUCUGGACAUCUCUGCUCAGACUGCUGCCCCCGCUAACCAGUCCCACAUCAAGUGGAUGAAGAUGGAUGGAUGGACAAAAUCCAUAUCUAACUAUAGCAUUAAAUAUUCCACAAAUACUGCAUUAGCGCAUCUCUAACAUCUCUUCCUCCUCUCCACCCCGAGCCACUGCCACCACUGGCUGAAGUGUUGCUGCUGCAGGUUCAUCCUAUGAUGUUUCAUACAUCUUUCCAUGACUUUCACACAGAUAAUGUAGUGGACAGGAAGUCAUCACCAUUCAUUUCACCAGUCGGACAUCACAGAAGGAAACCUGCUGAAUUCAUCUUCUACAACCUGUCAUGGUUUCCCAGUUGGGGAUAGGUUUUUUCCAUGAUCACUCUCCUGUCGUUCCAGAUCCUGCCACCCUCAUCAGCCAGACAUCUUUUCUUUCCCCUCACCUGUGCUUCCCCGCCCAUCUGCACACCUGGUUCCCAUGAUCAUCAGUUCCCCUUUAUGUACCGGCCCAUUUCCACAUGCCAGUUGCCAGAUUGUCUAGCGUUCAUGCCUAGCUUUCCAGCAUUCCUGAUUCUGUCUGUUUCUGCCUGCCUGCCUGUGACUUUGCCUGAUUCCCGGUUUUUGGAUUU